GAGGGGCUUACAAUGGUUAAGGAGGAGGGAUAGCCAGUUAGCAGCCAGAUUUUAUAGUACAGUAGACUACUUCUCCCUCUGUUUUGAAGGGGGCCACAUAAUUACUUUUAUCAAACUAGGUUAGUAGUGGAGCAGUUGGUCAGUGUUUUAUGCUGUGUCACUCUAUUUGAACUUUGGUUGACUGUUUCACUUAAGCCUAACCAGUUGACCACUGAAACUUGGUUAUUAGUAGUAUGCCUGUGUGCAGUCUGGAUCACACAGAGGAGCAUCAAGUCUUUUUGCUAUUUACCCUAGUUUAAAGGUGCAAUAUGCAGAAGUCGCUCUGCAAUUUCCUGGUUGCUAAAAUUCUAAUAGUUCACCUAAUUUCAAUUUAUGUGACAAAACAAGCAAGAGAAUCAUUGUACCAUCUAAACCGCUGUGAAAUAUAUUUUCAUUAACCAAAAAUAUUGUAUUUUCAGCUUUUUGAAUCUGGUGUAAAAGACACAACUAAACUUAAGAAUGGGGAAAUAGCACACAUUGAACAUAUCUACCUCUUCUUAGAGUUGCUUUCAAUGAGAAUGACAGCUCUAUAACUCACAUUUCUAUGUGAAUUUGGUCAGAUUGCCCAAAAAGUUACAUAUUACAGCUUUAAUUAAAUCUGGAAAUGUGUGUGUGUGUGUGUGUGUGUCUGUCUCACAGCUUCACCAGCUCUUCCAAAGACAUUGUCUGCUUGACUUGCUCUUAGAUAUUCUGUAUGACCAACUGUCCCACCCUUAUUGUGACGGUUGGCCUCCCAGCCAGAGGUAAGACAUACAUCUCCAAGAAGCUGACCCGCUAUCUCAACUGGAUUGGUGUGCCAACCAAAGAGUUCAACGUGGGUCAGUACAGGAGAGAGUGUGUGAAGAUCUACAAGUCCUUUGAGUUUUUCCGUCCAGACAAUGAAGAGGGGCUGAAGAUCAGGAGGCAGUGUGCACUGACAGCGCUGAAUGAUGUGCGCCAGUACCUGAGUGUGGAGCGGGGCCAGGUGGCGGUGUUUGAUGCCACUAACACCACACGGCAGAGGAGAGGGACCAUCACCAGGUUUGCAGAGCAGAACGGCUUUAAGGUGUUCUUUGUGGAGUCUGUGUGUGAAGACCCUGAUGUCAUUGCGGAGAACAUAGUGCAAGUGAAGCUGGGUAGUCCUGACUACAUAGACUGUAAUACAGAAGAGGUCGUUGAGGAUUUCAUGAAGAGGAUCAAGUGCUAUGAGAACUCUUACCAGCCACUGGAUGAAGUUCUAGACAGGGAUCUGUCCUACAUCAAGAUAAUGGAUGUGGGCCGGAGGUAUCUGGUGAACCAGAUCCAGGACCACAUCCAGAGCCGCAUCGUUUACUACCUGAUGAACAUCCACAUCACACCACGCUCCAUCUACCUGUGUCGCCAUGGAGAGAGUGACCACAACGUCAAGGGACGCAUCGGAGGAGAUUCUGGCCUGUCUGGCAGGGGCAAGGAGUUUGCAAAGUGUCUGGAGAAGUUCAUCCAAGAGCAGAACAUUAAGGAUCUGAAGGUGUGGACCAGCCAGAUGAAGAGGACCAUCCAGACAGCUGAAGCUGUGGCUGUGCCCUACGAGCAGUGGAAGGCUCUCAACGAGAUAGAUGCUGGUGUGUGUGAGGAGAUGAUGUAUGAGGAGAUCCAGGGACAUUUCCCUCAGGAGUUUGCACUGAGAGACCAGGACAAAUACCGCUACCGCUAUCCUAAAGGAGAGUCAUAUGAGGACCUGGUGCAGCGUCUGGAGCCAGUCAUCAUGGAGCUGGAAAGGCAGGAGAAUGUCCUGGUCAUCUGUCACCAGGCUGUCAUGCGCUGCCUGCUCGCUUACUUUCUGGAUAAGAGCGCAGAUGAGCUGCCUUACCUGAAGUGCCCUUUGCACACUGUACUGAAGCUGACACCUGUGGCUUAUGGCUGUAAAGUAGAGUCUGUCUUUUUGAACGUGGAAGCUGUGAACACCCACAGGGACAGGCCAGAGAAUGUAGACACUUCACGGAUGCCGGAGGAAGCCCUGUUCACAGUCCCCGCCCACCAGUGAUUAGUGACAGUGCCCAAGACUAGAGUGAUAUCACUCACCAUGGCCACUUCCUCUACUCAAUCAGCAAUCAAUACAAAUUCCUCUUUUAAUUUUUUCCUUGCAGUGGGAUUGGAAAAAAAGCAUCCGGAUCUUUCAUUGGACAUAUUCCUCGUUCAGGUUCACCAGAUCUUUCUCUUUCCUUCUGUGCAAUGAAAGUCUAGACAACUGGAAUCCAGUUCAAUGGUGAUUCGCCCCACUAUCGGGGUAUGUGUGAGAGUGUGUGCAUGUGAGUGUGUUUUGUAUGUGUGUGAGUGUAUAUGAUCAAGAUAAGGACAAUCUGAUUUGAAACCUAUUUUAAAUACAGGACAUAUGGCUUUUCAUCAAAUUGUAGAGUUGAGCUUUUCUGAAAUCGUGUCUGUCACAGGCAGCCCAAUUCUGGUAUUUUCUAUUAAUUGGUCUUUUGACCAAUCAGAUCAACUCUUUUUACAAUCAUUUGGCAAAAGAUCAGAAUUGGGCUGACUGUGCAAACACAGUCUAAGAACCAUAUAUGUUGACAUUGUAUAUUUCUUGUUCUUAGUAUUUUAGUGUUUGUCCACCCCAUUUUAGAGGCUGUGACAUGCAGACUAAAGCGGGAACACAAAUUGUAGAUAGUUCUUUUUAUGUCUGGUAUAAAAUCAGGCUGUUCCUAUAAAGGCAGUUUUGCGAAUCUAUCAUUUUCAAUUAAGUUAAUCUUCAUCUAGUUAAAAUCUAAAAAGAUUGACAAGUUUGUUUCCAUGUCGCAUCAGUGAUCUGCUAUAUCUAGAAUGUGUUUAUCUAUUGUUCAAUGUCUACUAGUGAAGGAUACGUUAUCUAAAAUGCCGCUGUAGUUCAGUAGCACAGGAAUAGUUGUUGGCAUCUGUGGUAUCAUAACAAAUCAAUUGAAAUGACUUCUAAUGCCUGUGUAAACGCGUAUAUUUGUAAUGAUCACCAUAAUCAGUUGUCCGUAAUGCUUUGAAUGUUAUUAAAUCGCUCACUGGUUUUAUAUAGUUUUCAGCAUGUUCACCGUGUCUUGUUUGUUCAUUUUGACUUGUUUGUCAACGUGUCAAGAAUAUGAUUCUUUCAAUGUAAAUAUCUACAUCAUCCAAAUGUAAUAAAUAUUUUGAGUUAA